AUGCUAACCGCCUUCGCCGCGCUGGCCAGCGUCCGCGCGCAAGGGCAGGAACUGCCGUACAAAAUCGACACACACCACCAUUUCAUCCCGGAAAGCUACAGAGCCGCGGUCGAGCGCGCAGGCGGUGACCCCGUCGGUUUGCCGACUCCGCCCUGGACACCACAAUCCUCGCUCGAGAACAUGGCCGCCAACGGUGUCCGCAAGGCGAUUCUCUCCGUCACGGCGCCCGGUGUCCCCACUGUCCCAGAUAUCGACGGCGGGCGUGCUCUGGCUCGAGAGAUCAACGAAUACGCCGCAGCGCUUCGAGAAGAGUACCCCGACUCCUUCGGCUUCUUCGCGUCUCUGCCAUCACUACUGGACACCGAGGGCGCCCUUGCUGAGAUUGAAUACGCGCUCAAUGUACUCAAAGCAGACGGCGUGACCCUCUUCACCCGGUACGGCGACGGAACCCAUUACCUGGGCCACUCCGUCUUUGACCCCAUCUGGUCCGCCCUCGACGCCCGCACGGCAACCGUCUUCAUCCACCCAACGCACCAAGUCAACGCAACCGCGAUCUCCCCUUCCCUCCCACAACCGCUAAUCGACUACCCGCACGAAACAACACGGACGGCGGUGGAUCUCAUCGCGUCGAAUACAACGCGUCGCUUCCCGAAUGUUAAGCGCAUCCUCUCGCACGCAGGUGGAUCCCUCCCGUAUCUGAUCUCGAGGGUUGCGACGAUUAGUGAUGCGUCUGCGUCCGAGGGGACCAGAGUGGGUGGAUUUGGGAAGACGGGGCCGGAGGUGCGCGAGGAUUUUCGAUCAUUCUACUAUGAUCUUGCGCUUUCGAGCGACCCGGCUGUUUUGGAUAUGCUCUUACGGCUUGUGCCGAGUGGCCGGAUUGUUUAUGGAUCCGAUUUCCCAUAUGCGCGGCCUAAUGCUAUUACAGCCUUCAGGGAGGACCUCGACGCGUACGACUUGGGGGAGGAAUUGAGGGAGAUGGUCUAUCAUAAGAACGCGGAGAGUUUGCUCGCGUCUGGGAGGACCGUCAAUGGACGAUGA